AUGGACCCCAAUACAAAAGUGGAUCAGUCCACAGAGAAAAAUGCUACUCAUGUUGCACUCGGCGAGACUCAUGAUAUCGGAGCAAAUCUAUAUCUAGAGGCAGAGCAGUUUACUGCUGAGGAACUGGAGGUUGAGGGCGCCGAGGUGCUGAGGAUUAUCGACUGGAGGAUUAUGCCCAUGCUCUACCUGACAUAUGUUAUUCAAUUCCUUGACAAACUAUCACUUAAUUAUGCAUCGGCAUACUCCUUGAUCCCAGACCUCGGUCUCGAAGGCCAACGAUACUCAUGGGUUGCUGCGAUUUUCAAUUUCGGUUAUCUCUUCUGGGCUCUCCCAGCCAACCUACUAAUCCAGCGAUUGCCAAUCGCCAAAUAUAUGGGUGGUAUGCUUUUCGUUUGGAGUGUACUUGUUGUUGCACAUGUUGGAGCGAAGAACUACCCAGGAAUACUGGUAUUGAGAUUCCUCUUGGGCAUGGCAGAAGCCGGAAUCAGUCCGUGCAUGAUGAACCUGACAUCGAUGUUCUACAAGCGAUCCGAACAACCCUUGCGCAUGGCUGUCUGGCUCAGCGCAAAUGGCAUGGCCACGAUGGUAGGAGCACUACUAGGAUUCGGCCUGGGCCAUUCACACAACACUGCGCUCAAGAGCUGGCAGUUGAUUUUCUUAACCAUCGGACUGCUCAACUUCCUCUGCGCCUGUCUCUUCCUCUGGCUCAUGCCAGACUCGCCCAACUCUGCCCGCUUCCUGACUCACCGACAGCGUGUGAUCGCCGUGCAGCGUGUCGCCGAAAACAUGAUUGGCGUGAAGACCAAGGAUAUCAAACCACGUCAGGCACUAGAGAUUCUCUGGGAUAUCAGGGUCCUCUGCUGCGCGGGAGUCGGCAUCGCCUGUGGUGUGAUCAACGGCGGUUCAUCGAAUUUCGCAUCAGCCUUGAUCAAAGGCUUUGGUUUCAGCGGGAUCUACACUACACUCCUUCAACUACCCACAGGUGCGAUUGAGGCAGUGGUGGUUCCAAUCUGCGGUAUCAUUGCUACAUACGUUAAAGAUUCCCGCUGCAUCGUUCUCGCAGUCGUAUGUUUGAUCCCCUUCGGCGGUCUUCUGGGUAUCCGCUUUACUAGUCUCGACCACCCCUGGACGUUAGUUGGAUGCACCUGGCUACAGUAUCUUGUUGGUGCCCCCGUUAUUAUCUCGUGGAAUCUACUUGCCACCAAUGUUGCCGGCCACACCAAGCGUGCGGUGGCUAAUGGUCUCUGGUUCUCGCUCUAUGCGGCCGGUAAUGUUGCGGGAGCGAAUAUCUUUUUUGCCAACGAGUCCCCCCGCUAUUACUCGGGUCUGCUAGGCCUGCUCAUUUGCUAUGCGGGCAUCAUUGUGCUAGCAUGCGUGGGAUAUAUGUCGAUGAAGUGGGAGAAUUCAAGGAGGGAUGCUGCAAUGGUUGCGGCUGAUACUGAUGAGACCCCGGAGGAUAUUACCUCUCAGGCUAUCUUGGAUGGCUUCAAGGAUAUGACGGAUAUGGAGUCCAAGAAUUUUAGGUAUGCGCUUUAA